AUGCUCUUGUGCAGAUUCACCAAGCGUCGUGUUGCUUUGAAGAUUUUGUACUUUGGUUGGGAUUACAAUGGACUUGCCCGCCAAGAGUUGAACAAGAUAACCAUCGCUGAAAGGGUUAUUGAAAGUUUUGAGAAGUGUAGAAUGCUCGAGGACACGGAUGCAUGCUCCUUCGCUGCUUGCGGUCGUACUGACAAAGGUGUCAGUGCAUUGUCGCAGGUAUUGAAAUAUAACCACUGUAUAUUCCUACAGGUGAUUACUUUGCUUCUUCGAUCCAACGCCCAUUCCGGAAUCGGUGUCACUGCACCGGAAGAUAAAUCCGUCUUGCGUAAGCAUUCCAUUGUUCCUAUUCCAAAGGUUCACUUCGGCCUGUGGUUUAUCCGCACUUUCCCGAAGAUGAAUGUCCUCUUACAUAAAUCCAUAUCCGAGAAACGAUAUCUGAUCGUAGCUAGCGACUCCGAAAAACCAGAAAUAGACUAUGUUCUCGUCGGUAAUCGAAAUCUGCCAGCAGACAUACGCAUUUUGGCUUGGGCCCCAGUGCCUCCAGAGUUCACGGCAAGACACAGCUGUCUUAGCCGAUCUUACAAAUACUUCUUUCCUGCAAGCGGUCUAGACCUACAGUCCAUAAAGUCCGCUGCGAAAAAAUUCGAAGGGGCGCAUGAUUUCAGAAAUUUCUGCUCUUCUCAAGUAUCCAACGGCGUCGUGAAUCACGAGAGAAGCAUACUUUCAGUGGAUCUUAACGUUCUUGACUCAUCACUCCCAGAAGGGUAA